AUGAAAACGUGCAAAUAUAUGAUUUUAAGGUUUUUGACUUUAUUGGUAACGGUAACGAGAAGUAUAGGCGAAUCUCAAAAACGAAGUCCAACUGCUUCAGAGUUCACUAGACACACUGUAGUCCAGCCUGUCUUGCUACAUGGAACAACUAAAAGAAAGAUCUCCACUACCAGAGACGAGAGCGGUGCGCAUCAUUUAGAGGUGAUAUUGAAGGUUCUUAUAGACGAUGAGGAAUACUUAGUCGAUCUUAGACUGAACUUGGAAUUAGUGACCGAAAAUCAUGUCCUGAGUUAUCAGAAUAACGGCACAACUGUGCUGUACAAGCCUCAUAAAGAGGAAAUAGAGUCGUGUCACUACAGUGGGUCGGUGCGCGGCAAGUCUGAGUCUUGGGUGGCAGUAUCUACCUGUCAUGGAAUCCAAGGCCUACUGUUUGAUGGCGAGAGAACAAGAUACAUCGAGCCUCCCCAAGAAAGUUUAUUAAAUGCCGGGCACCACAUAUACGAUCACUUGGACCUGUUAGAGUCGCACCUUCGCAGGUAUGACAGAACAGAGAGAAAGAGAUCAACCAGCGACGACUGGGCGACGUUUGAUGAGACUGAAUUCCAGGGACCGCACAAAGCAAACGAGGGUCCGUUCUACGUGGAACUAGUGCUAGUCGUCGAUAGAAGCUACUUCGAAGCCUAUAAUCGCAAUAUAUGUUUUGUCCACAAGCAAAUGCAGACAAUUGCUAAUAUUCUUAACUCGGUAUAUUCUAAACUAGACAUCUUUAUUGCUCUAGCCGGGGUUGAAGUGUGGAACGAAUAUGAUAAAAUAACUUUUUCAUCGAACUCAACAAUUUCUGUCGUGAAUUUCUUAGAAUACAGGUCAAGAGAGUUGAUAAACAAUAUUCCUAAUGACGUUGCUCAAUUACUUACUCUCAAGUAUUUCGAUGGUGGUAUAGUUGGCAAAGCAAUGCACGGAGCAAUAUGUUCUCAUGAGUUCUCUGGCGGAAUAAUAAGUAGCAAUACCAAAAGCAUGGGUUUGCUCGCCAUGACAAUAGCCCACGAGAUGGGUCAUAACUUUGGAAUGGAUCACGAUUAUAAAUAUGAUGAUCAUUGUAAAUGCCGAGGGAAGCAGUGCAUUAUGUGGGCUUACAGAACACAUACAAUACCGACAGGUUGGUCGACGUGCAGUCUAAAGAAGUUGAAAUUUUCCUUAUCGACGGGAAUCGGUUUUUGUUUAAGAAAUAAACCGAGAUCUUUAAUCGAAUAUCCUAUAUGCGGCAACGGUAUCCUAGACCUGGGUGAGCAGUGCGAUUGCAGUGCGAUGACCGUAGUUGGUACAUACCUCCAGUGCUACGUCUGCUGCGAUCCAAGCACUUGUAUGCUGAGAGCGAAUGCUACAUGUGACACGGGCGAGUGCUGCCAUUUAUCGAUUUGCAAGAAUCAUAAAUGUAGAUCAUCGGCAGCUGCAAUAGACGGAAUCGCGAAGAAUAACUCAGCAAUACACCCCUCCAACUGUCCAGGCUUCGGUGUAUGCAAUUCUACAGGACACUGUUUUUGUGAGCCAGAUCAUAAGACAAAACUUGAUAGCGCGUACAAUAGAGGAACGUUAUGUACGAUGUCGGAACCAGGCAUUACAGCACACCGACUUCCUACAGACGAAAAUAGUACCUUUCUGAGAAAAACAGAUGUGGUUUUAUACGUGAUGAUCCUGGGCACUGUUCCGGCAAUCCUGCUAAUCAUCUGUGCUUAUAAGGUCAAGUCAAAUCAAUGA